AGUUGCAGUUUCCAUCUAGUUGUGCCAGUAUCCUCUGGGUCCUUUCGUAGUCUACUUCGUAGUCUGUCUGUAGUAUCCUACUUUCUUCGUUUUGUGUCUGUGAAAUUUUAGUUCUAAUUCUAUUUCUGGUCCUUUUAAAUUCAUUUCAUUGUUGGUACAAGACCAAGAGGCGGU